AUGGAACAAUGCUUAUUAAAAGAUGAAGAAAAUAUUGAUUCUGCAUUGAAUGCUUGUAAUAUGGAUAUAGCUAAAAAAAACUCUUUCAGCUAAACACUGUUCAAACUUACAACAGUAUUUUAAAUUCCAUGCAGCAUUGGUUACUUUGUAUCAACAUAAAAUACAAAAGCUUGGAGAUAGUCAGGGAGAUGGUCCAAUAAAUUUGUCUCAGAAAGGACAAAUUGCAAAAGAAAUGAAAGUGAUGGAGCAUAUCUGUUGCAUUGGGCUGAAAGCAGGUGGUGAUGGUGAUCAUGUUGAAAGUGUUAGGGAUAUGAACAUUUUUGCUGAUUUGUUGCUUAAUUUUGAGGAGAAAUGUCCACUUCUGCAUAGUGUUCUAGAAACACUUCUCUCUCACUGA